AUGCCUGGUCCUUUCGACCCUCUCUCCUCGGCCACGGCCGCCGCCCCUCCGGCAUCCGACCCGUCCUUCAGCGUCUACUCAGCAAAGGUCGAGCUCGACAUCGACUUCUUGGCGCGCUCCGUGCGUGGAGUUGCCGAGAUCAAUGUCCAGCCUCAGUCAAAGAACUUGCCAUACAUUCGCCUCCACUGCCGACAGGCUCGCAUUAAGAGGGUCACGGUGGAGGGGCGCGAGGCAAGAUGGGAUCACAAUGACCCUCACUCUCACAUCUACCUUUCAGAAAAGAGCACGGUUCACCACCACAAGGUUUUGCGGCAGAAGGUAGAAGAAGAUGGUGGAGAAGUAGCGGACGAGAAUCUCUGGGUAUUUGUCCCACCGAGAGUGAAGAUCAAGGAGCUGGACGCCUCGUCGCUCGAUGCGCUCAGCAUGCUCGGCGACCUAACGGCAGGCGGGUCAGUGUUCGCGCCACUCAAGGUCGUCGUCCACUACGACAUCAAGCAUUUUCGUGAGGGCUUGCACUUUGCUGGAUUGGAAGAGGGGGACACAAGAUAUCCCCACAUCUACACUCAGAACUCCCAGUUCACGGGCUCGGCUUCCUGUCUGUUCCCCUGCGUAGACGAUGCGAGCGCGCGCUAUCCAUGGGAAAUAUCCAUCAGGUGCCCAAGGACCGUCGGCGACGUGUUCAGGAAAGCCGCGCCGCCGUUAACAAAUGGAAUCAGUGAUCACCCUUCCACUAACGGGGCGCUGACGAACGGUCUUCCAAAUGGCAUCCACGACGACGGUGACGUUCAAAUGCUUGAUGCCGACGUUGAUAAUUUCGGCUUGUCUGAAGAAGACAAGGCACUGGAGAUGUCUGUCGUCUGCUCAGGCGACAUGACCGAUGAUAUCGUCGAUCCCAAGGAUCCCUCUCGAAAGACCGUCAGCUUCACUUGUGCAAACGCCGUCCUGCCGCAGCACAUCGCGAUUGCCGUUGGCCCCCUAGAGCACGUCGAUCUUUCGGAUCUGCGCGAAAGCGACGAUGACGAAAUGAUGGGCCAAGCCGCCAUCCGUGUUCAUGGCUUCUGUCUCCCGGGAAGGAGCGACGAAGUCAGAAACACAUGUAUGGCGUUGGCAAAGGCAACAGACCAUUUCAGCAAAACCUACAUCUCUUACCCUUUCACCAGCUACAAGAUCGUUUUCGUGGAUGAUCUUGUUCCGGAAAUCGCCCAUGCCGCAUCACUCACACUAUGCAGCAAUUCUCUUCUCUAUCCGGAGGACGUCUUGGAUCCACUCUUCCCGGUUACUCGCAAAUUGGUUCACGCUCUUGCAUUCCAGUGGAUGGGCAUCAACGUCAUCCCCAAGACCAGUCAAGACUGGUGGGUGAUCUAUGCUCUUUCCCACUUCAUGUCGGACGACUUUAUGGAGCAACUCUGCGGCAGGAAUGAGCACCGUUUCAGGAUGAAGCAGAUGGCUGACCGAGUUGUCGAGCUCGACGUCAACCGUCCUUCCUUGCAAGCUCUUGGAGAUUUUCUCGAUGUAGAUCCGUCUGAGAUUGAGUUCAUGGAACUGAAAGCGCCUUUGGUCAUGUUCAUCCUCAACCAGAAAAUCAAGAGGAUGGCAAAGAUGGGCGUAACAAAGAUCAUCUAUAAGGUGCUGCUCCAAGCGAAGACUGGAAGGCUUCAAAACGGCGCAAUCUCGACGGAAGACUUCAUCCAGAUUGUCGACAAGUACCUCGAAAGCAAGCCGAUCCCGGACUUCUGGAGACAAUGGGUUUACGGUGCAGGCUGCCCGCACUUUUAUGUCACCCAACGUUUCAACAAGAAGAAGUCUGUCAUCGAGUUCACCGUCAAGCAAACCCAGGGCGACCGCAGUGAACUGGAGAGCAGAGCGGAAGACCUCGACCCCAAGACCUUUCUCAAGGACCUCAACGAACAAAAGAAUGGCAUGUCAAAGAAAAGACCCACAAGAGUAUUCACUGGAGCCAUGACGGUCACUGUCCAUGAGGCCGACGGAACUCCCUACGAUCACAUUAUCCCUAUUCACGAUGCGAUUACGAAGUUCGAUGCGCCGUAUAAUACCAAAUACACGAGGCUAAAACGAAACCGGCGUCAAAAGGAGAGAGCGGCGGCCGCACAGGGAAUCGACCUCAAUGGCGACGGCGAGUUACCGGAUGAAAUCCCACUUUACUGCCUGGGAGAUGUCCUGGACACGGAAAAGGAAAUCCAGGAAUGGGGCUUUGAUGAGUGGACGAAGGAGGAGGAAGAGCAGAUGGCAAAUGAGCAGUAUGAGUGGAUCCGAGUCGAUGCAGAUUUUGAGUGGAUCUGCAAGAUCAAUUUCAAUCAGCUGCCCUGGAUGUUGGUGGCUCAGCUGCAGCAAGACCCUGAUGUGGUGGCACAAGCCGAGGCACUGCAGAAUCUCUCGUCCUUGCAGCCAAGCAAGCUAGUCUCGACAUAUCUCACUCGGACGGUCAUGGAUCGGCGGUAUUUCCACGGCAUCCGAACGCUGGCUACAGAGGCUCUCGCCAAGUGUGCCAUCCCUAGAAUUGAUGAUAUUGAGCUCAACUGGGUCGGCCUUUAUCACCUGGAAAAAAUAUUCCAGGAGCUCUUUUGUCUUCCGGGAUCGCACAUGGUUCGCUCCAACGACUUCUCUGACCGGAGUCAAUAUCUUGUGCAAUGUGCUAUUCCACGGGCUAUUGCUAGAGUACGUGAACCGGGCGGAAAGGGGCUAAUGAGAUCGAAGAUGUGGAUUCUCGACAAGCUAAAGUUCAACGACAACUCGCACAAUGAGUUCUCUGAUUGUCAUUAUGUGGCGGCGCUCCUGGCCGCCCUGGCACAGCAACUUGGCUACAAGGACACGAGCACCAUUAGCUUCGACUUCGAUGAGGAUGAGCAAGACGAAAUCGAUUUCCAACGGGACGCUCUCAACGAGAUUGAGCGUCACCGCCGUUUGGACGAGUGGAUCCCUUCGUACCAGAACAUCGUCACCGUCACUGCGCUUCAAUGCCAGUGCCUCCUGAUGGAGAACAACAUAAUACCCCGGAAGAUGCUGGACUUUUUGCAAUACGCCAAGCCAGGUGCUGCAGAGAGCGUCCGGCUAAAGGCAAUGGAAUGCCUCAUUGAUCUCAACAUGAUGAGGCAUCCGGCGAUCUUGCGGUACCUGAUCUUCACACUUGCUUACGACCCUUCGCCUUAUGUCCGGGAGCAGCUCUACUACCUAAUUGGUCGCGGUCUGGCCCGCAUCGCGAUAGGCGACAAGAAAGAGGAGCCGUCGAACCAAGUCUUCGGUGGCCUGAUCAUUGAACAAGAUGCAUCUACCGAUAGCCGUGCCGCGAUGAUCGAGCGCACGCAGACGCUUGAAGGUGCUAUCAAGGCUCUCAAAACGGAGCUUGGGAAGAACAAGGUGUUUGAGGAGCAAAUGCGCAAUGCGCUUACUUCUCCAAUUCCCAGUCUCAAGGAGUGGGUCAGGCUACUCGAUAUUUGCGGGCUGGUGUUUGAACCAAAGACCUCCCUUGAGGUCAUGCUCAAGUUGCCCUUGUCCUGGAAGGUCCAAAACCAGGGCAAGGGCAAGAUGCGCUUCUACCGCAGCAUGCCGUACCGACAGAAGCCAUUGAGCAAGAUCAAGCAGGAGCAGGCAUCACUGCUUCAGCAAAAGGCGGCCGAGAAGCGAAGGCGGCCGUCACUUGCAGACGAGCCGAACAAACACUGGAAGUGGCAGUAUCCCUUCGUCUGGGCCAUCUCCUUCUACGAUACUCAAACCGCCCACCCCGGCAGCUGUGUCAAAGCCGCCGACACCAGGCCCAUCAGUAAAGCCACUCGGGUCACUUUCCCAACGGCCGGCAUCACCCUUCUUUAG